AUGGAAGAGGCGGCGCGGGCGUUAGCAGCUGCGGUAGCGGUGGCGGCGGGGGGGCCGUGCCCGGCGGACAGACCGGGGGCAGCAGCGGCGCUGAGCGGGGAGAACGAGGCCGAGAGCCGGCAGGGCCCGGCGGAGCGCGGCGGGGACGCGGCGCCGCUCAACCUGUUGGACACUUGCGGCGUGUGCGGGCAGUCCAUCCAGAGCCGGCGGCCGAAGCUGCUGCCGUGCCUGCACUCGGUGUGCCAGCGCUGCCUGCCGCCGCCGGACCGGUACCUGAUGCUGCCCCCCGUCCUGACCCCCGCGGCUGCCGCCGCCCUCAAGGAGCCGCCGCCGGCGGCGCCUCCCUCCUCGCCCGUCUCUUCGCAAGCCUCACCGAUGCACUGCACGCCCAUCGGUGUUAUCCGCUGUCCAAUUUGUGGUCAGGAAUGUGCAGAGAGACACAUCAUAGAUAACUUUUUUGUGAAGGAUACCACAGAGGUUCCCAGUAGCACAGUAGAGAAAUCAAAUCAGGUCUGCACAAGCUGUGAAGACAAUGCAGAAGCUCAUGGGUUUUGUGUGGAAUGUGUAGAAUGGUUGUGCAAGACCUGCAUCAGGGCUCACCAGAGGGUUAAAUUCACAAAAGAUCAUACUGUGAGGCAGAAAGAGGAAGUAUCUCCAGAGGCAGUUGGUGUGACCAGUCAGCGACCAGUGUUCUGCCCUUAUCACAAAAAGGAGCAGCUGAAGCUGUACUGUGAGACCUGUGACAAGCUGACCUGCCGAGACUGUCAGCUACUAGAGCACAAAGAGCACAGGUACCAGUUUAUAGAAGAAGCUUUUCAGAACCAGAAAUUUAUCAUUGAGACACUAAUCACCAAACUGAUGGAGAAGACUAAGUACAUAAAAUAUACAGGGAAACAGAUCCAUAACAGAAUUCUUGAAGUGAAUCAGAAUCAAAAGCAGGUGGAACAGGAUAUUAAAGUUGCCAUAUUUACACUGAUGGUAGAAAUAAAUAAAAAGGGGAAAGCUCUGCUUCAUCAGUUGGAGACUCUGGCAAAAGAGCAUAGGAUUAAACUUCUACAGCAACAACAGGAAGUGGCAGGUCUCUCUAAACAGCUGGAACACGUCAUGAAUUUUUCCAAAUGGGCAGUUUCCAGUGGGAGCAGCACAGCACUGUUGUACAGUAAACGUUUGAUUACAUAUCGACUACGGUAUCUCCUCCGAGCCAGGUGUGAUCCUUCCCCAGUGACUAACAACACCAUCCAGUUCCACUGUGAUCCUAGCUUCUGGGCUCAGAAUAUUUUCAAUCUAGGUUCUUUGGUAAUUGAAGAUAAGGAAACUUCUCCACAUAUGCCCAAGAGCCCUGUGAUGGAAGCAAACUUACAGCCAGCAGGCAGCUUACCUCCCAACCAGCUCUCCAAGUUCCCCACACAGAUCAGUUUAGCUCAGCUCCGCCUCCAGCACAUGCACCAGCAGGUCCUGGCUCAGAGGCAGCAAGCUCAGCGCAGAGCAGGACCAGUAGUUCUUCCAAGCCCAAGAAUGCCAGGAGCCAUGCAACAACCUCCUGCUUCUCAUCAGGCACCUCCACGCUUGAUUCAUUUUCAGAAUCAUAAUCCCAAGCCCAAUGGUUCAGCUCUUCCUGCACAACAGAUGAGAUAUCCCCAAAAUCAGAACCUACCAAGGCCAGCAGUGAAGCCCAACCCAUUGCAAAUGGCAUUCUUGGCACAGCAAGCUAUAAAACAGUGGCAGAUCAGUAGUGGACAAGCUUCAUCCACCGCUUCAACUGCAAGCAGCACAACAUCGACUCCAUCCAGCCCCACAGUCACCAGUGCUGCUGGCUGUGAUGGGAAGAAUUACGGUCCCCCUGUGAUAGAUUUGAGUUCCCCAGUGGGUAGCUCCUACUAUCUGCCAUCUCUCCCUGAUAUUGAUUGUUCAGGAAACAUCACACUGGAUAAUGCUGUAAGGAAGGAUGGCACUGCAGAGCAGAAUCAGCCAAAACCCCCUUCAAACAGGACUGUGCAGUCACCAAAUUCCUCAGUACCAUCACCAGGCCUCUCAGGAGGAAUCAGUGUAACAAACGUACACCCUCCAAUUCGUUCACCCAGUGCCUCCAGUGUUGGGAGCAGAGAGAGUUCUGGCUCCUCCAGCAGGCCACCAGGAGCUGACUCUACACACAAAGUCCCUGUUGUUAUGUUGGAGCCGAUCAGAAUUAAACAGGAGACAAGUGCAUCAAACGAGAACUUUGAUUUCCCAAUUGUUGUCGUGAAGGAAGAGACGGAGGAGGAAUCCCGGCCUCGGAAUUCCAUACUUACUUCCUUGCUGCUGGAUACCAGUCACAAUUCCACUUCUGAGGAAGCUAUGCUAAGAACAGAUGCACCAGACAGCACAGAUGACCAGCCAGGGGCACUGCAGGAGAGCACAUUCCCAGGGAAAACAGGAUGGAUGGGAUCCUCCCACACUGCCGAGGGCAGAAAAGAGGAUGAUCCCAAUGAAGAUUGGUGUGCUGUAUGUCAAAACGGAGGGAAGCUCCUUUGCUGUGAGAAGUGUCCCAAAGUAUUCCAUCUUUCUUGUCAUGUCCCUACGCUGAUGAGCUUUCCAAGUGGAGAGUGGAUUUGUACAUUCUGUCGAGAUCUGUCCAAGCCAGAAGUUGAAUAUGACUGUGAUAAACCCGCUCACAGCUCUGAAAAAAGAAAAUUGGAAGACACCGUGGGUUUGGCACCCAUAGACCGUAGGAAGUGUGAAAGACUGCUGCUAUACCUCUACUGUCAUGAAAUGAGUCCUGCCUUUCAGGAUCCAGUUCCUCCUACAGUCCCUGAUUACUACAAAAUAAUCAAGAAACCCAUGGACUUGUCAACCAUCAAGAAAAGACUUGAAGUGACCAAUUCAUUCUACACAAAGCCAGAAGAUUUUGUGGCUGAUUUCAGAUUGAUUUUCCAAAACUGUGCUGAAUUUAAUGAGCCUGACUCAGAAGUGGCUGAUGCUGGCAUGAAACUCGAAGCCUACUUUGAAGAUCUUCUAAGGAACCUUUAUCCUGACAGAAAGUUCCCUGUACAGCCAAACAGCCAGAGUGAAAAAGAUAAUCCAGAAUUUACCGAAGACUCGGACGAUGACUUUGUACAGCCCCGGAAAAAACGCCUCAAAGGAGAAGAGCGUCAGUUGCUUAAAUGAGCCACAUGUGUUACUACAGAAAGUUUUUUAAAAACUGAGAAUAUUUAUCACAGGUAUCACUGUUUGGAUUUGUAAGUUUGUGACUAUUUACUAGACUUUCUACCCCCUGUCUGAAACAAAUCUAAUGGAGAUUAAGGCAUGUGAAGAGCUUCUUUGAAGUUCAAACUUUUCAUCGCUUUUCUGGAGCACCUCAGAAAUUGCUGUUUGCGUGGGGUGACAGCUGUUUAACUUUGCUUUGAAGAAGUUUGUACGGAAUUGAACACAACAUGAGUUCAACAUGUGGCUUUCUGAGUUUAAAGGAAAUGUAAUCUCACCAGACUUUUAAUUUUACCAAAGGCAUGUAGCUGGCCAUAAUUUGAUCUCUCUGUACUGUAUUUAAUACAAGCCAUGAAAAAAGAUGAUGUAAUGUUAUUGUCCUGCAGUACUGGUUGGUAUGAGAGUGUAGUUGCCCCCAAAGAAGUUACUGAAAAAUUUCAAAUGUAAGGGAGAGGAUAUUAAAAAUAACUUAAAACAAACAAACAAACAAACAAAAAAAAAAAAAGAGGAAUUUGUGUGAGUUUAUAGUGGAGGAAGGACAGAAUAUUUUGAUUUGCACCAUUUUUCUCACCACCAGCAGGAAACAAUGGUAUUUCUAUACCUAUUUUGUUCAACAGGUGUCUCAAAUGUGAUGUACCUCUGUUUAAUGAAGUUGGUGGGAAAGUCUUAAGUGGAAAAAUGUUUGUUUGCAAAACCAGUCAUUUUUGUGAAUUUUUAAAGAGGGGAGAAAAAGCA